AUGUCGGAUGGAAACGUGACGGUAGCCUCCAAUGUGCUUGGCACCAUUGGUACGGUGCUGUGGUGCAUCCAACUGAUUCCUCAGAUCUGGUAUAACUACCGCCGCAAAAAGACCGAUGGAUUCCCAGCGGCGAUGAUGCUGUUAUGGGCGAGUUGCUCCGUUCCGAUGGGAGCGUAUCUGAUCUUGCAGCAAGUCAAUAUUCCGCUGCAAAUACAACCGCAAAUCUUUGGAUUCUUUUCCCUGGUUGGCUGGGGCCAGAUUCUAUACUACAACCAUAACUAUAGCCGCGUAAAGGCAAUCUCGAUCUGCUCUGCCAUCGUCCUGUUAUUUGGUGGUCUUGAAGCCCUUCUCAUCCUGACCUUGCGGAUUCCCUAUAACAAGGGCGUGACCUGGCCGGAUCUAGUAGUAGGAGUAGUUGCGGCAACUCUCAUCAGUGCGGGUUUGAUCCCUCCCUAUUUUGAGCUGUGGAAGAGAGAUGGUCGCGUUAUCGGAUUCAAUUGGGUCUUUCUCGCCAUUGAUACGCUCGGUGGACUCUUUUCGCUAUUUGCACUGGCCGCACAGGGAUCAUUCGAUAUUCUUGGUGGUAUAAUGUAUAUUUUGGUCGUUGUCCUCGAGUCAGGCAUCUAUAUUAGCCAUAUUAUAUGGCGCAUUCGGUAUCGCAAACUCCGCAAAGAGGCCAAAGAAACCGGAAGGAGCAUAGACGAUCUCCUUGGCUUGCCGAGCAACGAUACACCGGAAACAACCGUUGUCCAGACUGGCGUUGCUGAUCAGAGUAGAGAUGUUGAGAAACAAGAAGCGGGAAGAGAGGUAGAACCCUAG